AUGCCGGAAAUGACCAGUCCUAUGGAAGGUCAGGACAGAAGUGCUGGCUUCAUGAGUGCUGGAGUGUUUUAUCCAACCUUACAUCCUCUGUAUGAAGGUCAUCAUCUUCUGCAGAAAAGGGAGCGCAAACUGAUUAUAAUCACGGACCCAGAUGACUGCGAUCGAGACAUGAUGGCCGAGCUCUAUGGAGUAAAAAUGUCGGCUUUACUGACGACACCUCCUAAAAGGCCUGAAUGCAGCAUCGCUGUGAAGGAUCCUGUACCCCCGAGAACCACACCCCCAAAGGAGGCGGAGCCGAACACUGCCCCUGCUUCAGAGACCCGAUCACAGAAAAAGACCAGGGAACCGGUCAGAUUCUUCAUUCCCCUGACGGAAGAAGAAAAAGAGGAGGCAAAGAAAGCCAACAUCGUUUUUGGUGAUGUCUUGUCCGACCACCUGACACUUACAGGGGGUGACAUUGUGGAGGCUCCUGCCCCUCUACAAACCACACCCCCAAAGGAGGUGGAGCCGAACACUGCCGCUGCUUCAGAGACCCGAUCUCAGAAAAAGACCAGGGAACCGGUCAGAUUCUUCAUUCCCCUGACGGAAGAAGAAAAAGAGGAGGCCAAGAAAGCCAACAUCGUUUUUGGUGCUUUGUUGUCCGACCACCUGACACUUACAGGGGGUGACAUUGUGGAGGCUCCUGUCCAUCUACAAGCCACAUCCCCAAAGGAGGCGGAGCCGAACAUUGCCCCUGCUUCAGAGACCCGAUCACAGAAAAAGACCAGGGAACCGGUCAGAUUCUUCAUUCCCCUGACGGAAGAAGAAAAAGAGGAGGCAAAGAAAGCAAACAUCGUUUUUGGUGAUGUCUUGUCUGACCACCUGGAACUUACAGGGGGUGACAUUGUGGAGGCUCCUGCCCCUGUACAAACCACACCCCCAAAGGAGGCGGAGCCAAACACUGCCCCUGCUUCAGAGACCCGAUCACAGAAAAAGUCCAGGGAGCCGGUCAGAUUCUUCAUGACCGAAGAAGAAAAAGAGAAGGCAAAGAAAGCCAACAUCAUUUUUGGUGAUGUCUUGUCUGACCACCUGGAACUUACAGGGGGUGACAUUGUGGAGGCUCCUGCCCCUCUACAAACCACACCCCCAAAGGAGGCUGAGCCAAACAACACUCUUGAGCUUGCUCCUGUUGAGGUCCAGCCCUCAGAGCUUCAUCCCGCUGCCACUCCUAGUAACCAAAUAGAGAGGAAGAAGUACGAUCGGGAAUUCCUGCUGCGUUUACGGUUCGUCAGUGCCAGCAUGCGCAGACCCGAGGGUUUUCCAGACAUCCCCGGCGUCGUUCUAGACAAGCAGUGUGAUCUUAAAAAGCCAAACAAGAUCAUCACCCGCGUGUCUCUGAACGAUGACGUGCAACUGGACAAGGCUGAGAAAGCCUGGAAGCCGGCGGCGAAGAAGUCCCGCGGCAACAAGGAUGACCAGGAAAUGGUCAAGACCCAGGAGCUCUUCAAGAGAGUGCGCAGUAUCUUGAAUAAACUGACGCCGGAGAUGUUCCAGCAGCUCAUGAAACGGUUCAUGGAGCUGACCAUCGACACGGAGGAGAGACUUAAAGGCGUCGUGGACCUCAUCUUCGAAAAAGCCAUUUCUGAACCCAACUUCUCAGUCACUUAUGCCAACAUGUGCCGCUGCUUUGUGGGGCUGAAAGUGCCCACCUCUGACAACUCUGGAGCCACUGUGAGUUUCCACAGACUGCUGCUGAAUCGCUGCCAGAAAGAGUUUGAGAAGGACAAAGGCGAUGACGAGAUCUUUCAGCAGAAGCAGAAGGAGCUGGAUGCUGCCACAGAGGAGGAAGUUGAGCAGCGGCUAAACGAAGCCCGCCGCCGUUCCCUCGGCAACAUCAAAUUCAUCGGAGAGCUGUUUAAGCUGAAGAUGGUGAAGGAGCAGAUCAUGCACGUCUGCAUCGUCAAGCUGCUGAAGAACCACGAGGAGAGCCUCGAGGUUCUCUGCAGACUCCUGUCCACCAUCGGCAAGAACCUGGACCUCGAGGAGUCAAAGCCCUGUAUGGAUCAGUACUUCCAACAAAUGGAGCAGAUAGUAAAGGAGAGAAAAACAUCUUCAAGGAUCCGCUUCAUGCUGCAGGACGUGUUGGACCUGAGAAAAAAUAACUGGGUUCCCCGGCGAGGUGACCAGGGCCCUAAAACCAUUGACCAGAUCCAUAAAGAUGCAGAACUGGAGGAACAAAGAGAGCUGAUUAAAGUGCAGCAGCUGCUUCAGUCCAAGAAAAACUCGUGUCAAGAAAGACGAGGCAAAAUGAAUCACCCUCAGGACGAGGGCUGGAACGCGGUACCCAACAGGACCAUGAAGCAGCCCAUCGACACGCCCCGCCUCACCGAGCCUGAUGCAGGACAGUCGGCCAUGUGCACCCUGAACCGAUUCUCAGUCCUUCAUCAGUCAGGACCUUCAUCCACAUCCUGCUCAUCCUCAUUGGACUCUAAGUGCAGAGUUCCCCAGGACCAGGGGCUGGACAGAAAAGGUAUCUGCAAACCGGCCCUGAGUGAGGAGGAGGUGGAGAAGAAAACCACCGCCAUCAUCGAGGAGUACCUGCACAUCAACGACCUGAAGGAGGCAGUGCAGUGUGUAGAGGAGCUGAACAGUGCGUCUGUGCUCUUCGUCUUCGUACGUAACGCCGUGGAGUUGACGCUCGAACGCAGCACCGUCGCCCGAGAGCGCCUGGGCCUUCUGCUGCAUGAACUGAUCAGCACCAGGAUUUUACCUCCUGAGCAGUACUUCAGAGGGCUUCGGGAGAUUCUGGAGGUGGCUGAUGACAUGGCCAUCGACAUUCCUCACAUCUGGCAGUAUCUGGCAGAGAUCAUCACACCCAUGCUGCAUGAUGGAGGAAUCCCCAUGGGGCCGCUCUUCAGAGAGCUGACGAAGCCAUUGCUGCCAAUAGGAAAAGCUGCUGUGCUGCUGGUUCACAUCCUCAACCGACUGGUACGUGGUCACAAUAAAGCUGGUGCUUUGUGGAUUGAUGCUGAACUCAACUGGAAGGACUUCCUACCUGAGGAUGAGGAUGUCAACAAGUUUGUGGCAGAGCAGAAAGUGGAGUUUACGUUGAAGGAGAAGCUGGAGAAGCUGAGAAAGAAGGAGCUGAGAGCCAAGGAGCUGAGCAAUAAUAUUUAA